UAAGCUAAGCUAACAUAGCUACAGCUUUCAGGGUUUGACAGCUCGUCAGUGUGACUGGAAAGUUUUACUGAGCGCGCUGAGCACAGCCUUAGCUUAGCUAUCCAGCUAUCUAAAACUAUUUCGUUAGUUAAAAGGUGUUGAGCUGCAGUGUUCCAGUAACUCAGGAGGAUGUCUUUCAUUUUUAGGUUCUUUCAGAGCACCUUUGAUGGAAUCUUCGGCCUCAUUAUGAGGCUUUUGGGCUUUGGGAGAAGACCUGCCAUAACCCUUGAGGACCCUAAUAUCAAGUAUGCUUUGCGCCUAAUAGAUAAAGAGAUUAUUAGUCAUGACACUAGGAAGUUUCGCUUUGCUCUAAAAUCCCCAGAGCAUGUUUUGGGGCUCCCUGUGGGUCAGCACAUUUAUCUGUCUGCAAAAAUUGAUGGUAACCUUGUGGUGAGGCCGUAUACUCCAGUGUCCAGCGAUGAUGAUAAGGGCUUUGUGGACCUUGUGGUUAAGAUAUACUACAAAAAUACUCAUCCGAAGUUCCCUGAAGGUGGCAAGAUGUCUCAGUAUUUGGACAGUUUACGGAUUGGUGACACAAUUGACUUCAGAGGGCCAAGCGGCCUGCUAGUUUACCAAGGCAAAGGGAAUUGUGCCAUCAGACCUGACAAGAAGGCUCCCCCUGAGAUUAAGAAAGCAAAACAGAUCGGUAUGAUUGCAGGAGGGACGGGAAUUACUCCCAUGCUGCAGAUCAUUCGAGCAAUAAUGAAGGACCCAAGCGACAAGACAGUUUGCUACUUGCUGUUUGCUAACCAGACAGAAAAAGACAUCCUUCUGCGCCCAGAGCUGGAGGAAAUUCAAGCCAAUUACCCAGACCGAUUCCACCUCUGGUAUACCCUUGACAAAGUUCCUGAUGAGUGGGAGUACAGCCAAGGCUUCAUCAGUGAGCAGAUGGUGCGGAGCCACCUCCCUGCCCCUGCCGACGACACGCUCAUCCUCAUGUGCGGCCCUCCUCCGAUGAUCCAGUUUGCUUGCAACCCGAACCUGGACAAAGUGGGUCAUUCUCCUAGCAGGAGGUUCGCCUUCUAGGCAGCGCAUUUAAAAAAAAAAAAAAGGUCCAGCUUUGCCUGAUGUCAUGACGGUGUUGCCAUCUAACUGUAUGAUUUAAAUAUUAUGCAAUCAAAGGAUCUCUGGAUCAAAUGUAAAAAUGUUGUUUGUUUUUUUGCUGGAAAAUGUUCCCUUUAAAUGGGGAUUAACAAAGAAAAGAAAGUUUUGCAUAUGCUAAAUCAGUAGCAUUGUAAUCUUCUUUUGUAUGGCACGUAUUUUUUUAUUACUAGCAGAAUCUUUAAAGAACAUGUUCUGCUUAUUAUAUUGAGAUUUUUUAAUAUAAUUUGAUGAUAUAAUUUGAUAUACUUUGUGCCUUAAUGCUUUACCUCAUAACAUGAUACGACAUAUUGUUCCAAAUAUGACAAUCUAAAGAACCAAGUGGGCUCACUAAAAUGUAAACUUGAGCAGCACACCUUGAACACAGUAAAGGUCCGCCCAUUCCACAGCAGCGUUUACUUUUUGUGUUGAAACAUUAAAAAAUGUUUGUUACGGUCGCUUACCGUUUUAAACUGCCUAAAUACAGUAAUCGGUUUUCUGUAAGCAUUAUAAGCUUUAUCAUUUUUAUAGGUGUCACUGGCCAAGCAUGAUGUGACAGUCUGUGUUAUUGUUGUGUGUUGCACUGGUUUGAGUCUCACAAAUGAUAAUAAAAAAAACAUAUAUAUGCUUCA